AGAUUGAAAACAAAAUCCACAACCCUAAAGCCUGCCAUGACGCGGGACGGCGUGCCACCGGCGGCGCCGCCCGGCGGCGGCGGCGGCGGGGACGGGCCGAGGCGGUGCUCGCAGUGCGGGAACCACGGGCACAACACGCGCACGUGCACGGCGCGCCCACCCGUGAAGCUCUUCGGCGUGCGCAUCGGCGACAAGCCACCGAUCAGGAAGAGCGCCAGCAUGGGUAACCUCGCGCAGCUCGCGGAGUGUAGCGGCGGCGCCAGGGCCGAGGGGUACGGCUCCGAGGGAGACGACGACAAACCCCACCACCGGAAGCGAGGCGAGUCAUGGUCAGAAGAGGAGCACAAAAAUUUUCUUCUUGGAUUGAAGAAUUUAGGGAAAGGUGAUUGGCGUGGCAUAUCCCGUAAUUACGUUGGUUCGAGGACACCUACUCAAGUUGCUAGCCAUGCUCAGAAGUAUUUCAUUCGCCAAACAAAUAAUAAUAGAAGAAAGAGAAGAUCAAGCCUCUUCGAUAUGGUUAUUGAUGAUUCUGGUGAUCUGCCACUCUCCCGUUCAUCAUCACAAGAGAUACCACUCUCUCGGUCAUCGUCACAAGACGUAGAAGAGUAUGUAGAUGAUCUGCGGCCUGCUAAUGCUCUUGUGAUCCCGCCCGCUCCUGUUCCUGUGCUGACAUCUGUUUCAGUUCCACCACCGGUGGCAGUAAUGGCACCACCUGCUCCCGUGCCUGUGCUAACUUAUACAUCAGCUCCACCACCAGUUCCAGCAAUGGCACAUCAUCCUGAGGGCAGUCAGUGGGUUGGUUCAAGUUUGAAUGCUGGAGAAGCAGGCAUGGUGAUGCCACAAGUCAUAUCCCCCUAUGGUUACCCAAUGAUGUUUCCUCCGCCUCAUUAUGCUCAAGCAUUUUAUCCAGUUCCAUACUAUGGUUAUGCUCCUAUGUUCUAUGGGCCACCAGGUAUAAUGCAAGCAUCGUCACCAGGUACAGUACAAGCAUCUCAUGAGCCUGUCAGGCCUGUGGCCGUCCACUCAAGACCUCCUGUAAACGUUGAAGACCUGUACAGCAUGUCCGAACUCAACCUGAAAGGUGACUCAAGUACCAAUGGUGUCAACCCAAAGUCACCGUUGCCACCAAAACCAAAUGGGCGACCCGAAAGGCAAUCUGCAUUCCAUGGAACAGGGCCUGGAAACGGCUCAUCAAACGGACUAAUCCCUGCAAAGUGAUUCCGCAGCUAGACCUUCCUUUUGUAUGUAACCCUUAGAUAUGAUAGAAAAAUCAUAAUAGCUUAUGCUGCUAAAGCGGUAUUAUGGUACAUGGGAAAUGUUUUUGACUGCUCAUAGCUUUCUUCGAGCUUAUUGGUCUGUUCUCUAAGUAAUUUUACUGUAGUUUGUC